GAGGAGCUUCGCCAUUGCAGUGUCAUUUUGCAUGUCCAGGACGUUACGAUUCCUGGAAAUCAGCAGUUCUGGGAACACCACGAUGCUACUCGCGUGACCAUGUUCAAAGCAGGCAUAGCGAAUGCGUUCGAUUGUGAGGAGAUUUCUUUCGACAGCCCGAAAUUUGGUCUUGGUGGCCUCCUUUCCGGCGAGCGCUUGCGGUUCGUAGCGGGAGCGCAAAGUGCGACUGUGGUUGAGCCAGUUCAGAGGAGAGGGGAGAGCAGCACUACAACAAAUAGAACUACGGCUACAACAUCAAGUAUAGAAACGUAUGGAAAGCCGUCGGUGGACUAUGUUGAAAGUGGCGUUCGUGAAGAAAAGACAGGAGCUACGGAAAGCUUUGCUGACUCAGGCGCAGUAAAAGGGACCACGCUAUCGGAACGGCUGAAG